AUGAUACACCGUGGGUGUCUGCAGAGAGGUGCACAGGGAACACCAGCCGGGAUAUAGGAUGCCUCGGAGAUAGACGAGCCCAAUGACGCAACGGGUUUACUCAACACAGCUUGAAAGUGUGAGGGACAGGAUACUACUUGCAGGGUUUCCCACGUUUCCUAUGACCAAACGCAGGCUGAUCACUUGGAAACUGACAGAUAUAACGUGACAGGCACACAGAUCCUCCUCGGACUUCUGGAAACAAACUCUCCGGAUGGACCAACAAAUGCAAACUUUCAUGAUGGCAUACCUUGUGUUACUUUUUCUACCUUGUGUUUUCAGUACACGGGGGCGCAUACUAUCCGCUGGGUAUGAACCCAAAGUGCCAUACAGCGGGACCCAGAACGUUCAAACAACAACCAACAAAGAAUGUAAAUUCCCAUUUCGUCAGGGGGGGAGAAUUCAUCAUCACUGCCUUACCUUCCUGUCCUCAAAACCAUGGUGCUCUUUGACGUAUAACUUUGACCGGGACCGGCAGUGGGUUUUCUGUGGACUGGAGGUUUCUGUCAACACGUCGCGCAGAAACACAGACCCAUGUCAGGAGAACCCCUGUCAGAAUGGAGGCGUCUGCACACGGAUCCCACACACCAACUCUGCUGAGUGCUCCUGUCCGGAGAGCUUCUCUGGCACACACUGUGAGCACAAGAAGUGCUAUGAAAUAGUACACCUGCACUAUUAUGGCUCCGGAGAGACAUGGGGACGAAUUCACCUCCGUAAUGUGGAACAGUGCACAUGUGUGGCAGGGGAAAUCAGCUGUGAACGAGUCCGCUACACAAUGUGCCAUUCAAACCCUUGUCAGAACGACGGGACGUGUCGAUUGAUCACACACACCAACAAGGAGGUGUGUAACUGCAGACGGGGCUACGGCGGUCCCUAUUGCAGCAUCGAGCCGGAGUCAGAGUGCUAUCACGGAAAGGGCACAGCUUACAGAGGGGUGGUGGACACGACUUUGUCCGGCGCCCGCUGUGUGCCGUGGAACUCAGACCUGCUGUACGACGAGCUGCACGUGGGCACGGUGGCCACCUCGGCCCACAGAGGCCUCGGGAAUCACGCCUACUGCAGAAACCCAGAUAAAGACAAGAGGCCGUGGUGCUACACGCUAAAUGACGGCGCCAUCUCCUGGGAGUACUGUGACGUCCCCUCCUGUGUGAUGUCUGUGUACUCUUCAAGGAGGAUCAUCCCAUUUAAUAUCCCUAAAAAACGGAAGCCCUCCAAUCCUGCCAAGAAGCACGAGUGUGGGAAAAGGCACAAUAAGAGGAUAGCCAGGGGCCGGAUCAUGGGCGGGAACUCAGCGCUGCCAGGCACCCACCCCUGGAUGGCAGCCAUUUACAUCGGAAAGUCAGACUUCUGCGCUGGCACCCUGGUCUCCUCCUGCUGGAUCGUCUCUGCGGCUCACUGCUUCUUCCGCAACCCCCUGAAGUCUCAGCUGCGGGUGGUGCUCGGCCAGCAGAGGUUCAACGUCACGGGUCCAAACACCAGGACAUUCGGAGUGCAGGAAUACAUCUUUCCAAAACAGUUCUCUGUGUUUAAUCCCACACUACAUGACAUUGUGCUCAUCAAACUGGCGAAGCAAGAUGGGCGGUGCGUGAGGAGGACUCCGUUCAUCAGACCCAUCUGUCUCCCAGACAAAAGCAUGACGCUCCCCGAUCACUACUGUUGUACUAUCAGCGGCUGGGGACACAUGCAGGAGAAGGCCGAGGGUUACUCGAGCCUGCAGGAGGCUGGAGUGAGACUGAUUCCUCGUGAAACUUGUAGGAAGCCAGAUGUUUAUGGCAACCAUGUCACUGCUGACAUGAUUUGUGCGGGGCUCAACGGCUGUGUGGACGCCUGCCAGGGUGACUCAGGGGGCCCUCUGGCUUGUGCGCAGCAUGAUGUCAGCUUCCUGUAUGGCAUCAUCAGUUGGGGAGAGGGCUGCGGUCGCUCCGAAAAACCCGGUGUUUACACUAAAGUGACAAACUAUAUCGACUGGAUCAAUUCAGUGAUCACACGCAAACCCAAGGCUUCCUGAAUGGAUGUUACCUGGAUAAUAGCUUUAAUAUAUAAGAUUUUGUACUCUAUUUUAUUGUGUUUUUUUUAUCUGUGAUGCUUAUGGAAUUUUAGAGAUGAUCUUUUUUAACUGUGAAUCACUUUGUGACUGAAUAAACCUUUAUUGACUUGAAAAA